ACGCACUAAUUAAGUCAGACCAACUCAUGUGUCAGCUUGAGUCCUCACUCCCUGCACUCCCACUCUCCCAUCGCAUCACUGCAGCCACCAGUGCUUGUGAGUGUUAGUGUAUGUUGCUGUGUUCCCCGCUCUGGAGCUGAGUUGAACUUUGAACCAUUCACCCCUAAGGCCAUAGUGCAGAGCCAGGAGAACACCCAGGUAACCCCACAGCCAUGACGAAUUCGGCAACUAACUUGCGGCUGAAGCUGCCCAUGGCCUGCAUCAUCCUGGAGGUGAUCAUCAUCAUCCUCUUCGGCACUCUAGUCCAGUACGACGAUGAGACAGACGCCAAGCUCUGGCACAAGGAAAUCGCCAAUGGCUCUUCCAACUACGACAACGACUUUUACUACCGCUACCCCAGCUUUCAGGAUGUGCACGUGAUGAUCUUCAUUGGCUUUGGUUUCCUCAUGACGUUCCUGCAACGUUAUGGAUUUAGCAGUGUGGGCUUCAACUUCCUCAUUGCGGCCUUCGCUCUGCAGUGGGCAACUCUCAUGCAGGGCUUCGUCCACGGCAUGCAUGGGGGCAAGAUCCACGUCGGAAUAGAGAGUAUGAUCAACGCUGACUUCUGCACAGGCUCAGUGCUCAUCUCGUUUGGGGCGGUCCUGGGGAAGACCAGUCCAGUCCAGCUGCUGGUCAUGUCUGUGAUUGAAGUCACCCUGUUCGCAGUCAAUGAGUUCAUUGUGCUUACUGUUCUGGGGGCCAAGGAUGCUGGUGGCUCCAUGACCAUUCACACCUUUGGAGCUUACUUUGGCCUGAUGGUGGCUCGUGUUCUCUACCGCCCCAACCUGGACAAGAGCAAACACAAGAACUGCUCUGUCUACCACUCUGACCUCUUCGCCAUGAUUGGCACCAUCUACCUGUGGAUGUUCUGGCCUAGCUUCAACUCUGCUGUGACGGCCCACGGAGACGACCAGCACCGCACGGCUAUGAACACCUACUAUUCCCUGGCUGCCUGCACCCUGGCCACCUACGGCCUGUCUGCCGUUGUGGCUCAUGAUGGCAAGCUCGAUAUGGUGCACAUCCAGAACGCUGCCCUUGCCGGGGGGGUUGCUGUGGGAACUGCUGGUGAAAUGAUGCUCACUCCUUUUGGCUCCAUGAUUGUGGGCUUCCUGGCUGGAACCAUCUCUGUGCUGGGCUUCAAGUUCCUCUCGCCUAUCCUGGAACAAAAGCUGAAGAUACAGGACACAUGUGGUGUCCACAACCUGCACGGCAUGCCUGGAGUCCUGGGAGCCAUCGUUGGAGCAGUUACUGCUGCUCUGGCAACCAAGGACGUCUAUGGAGAUGGGAUGGCUGAUGUGUUCCCUGACAUCCAUUCUGGUGAUGUGGAGGCCUCGUUCCAGGGCAUACGACAGGCCAUCUCCCUGGCUGUCACCCUCGGCAUUGCCCUCCUGGGUGGUCUUAUCACCGGUUUUAUUCUGAAGCUGCCAAUCUAUGGUGCUCCUCCUGACACCAUCUGUUUUGAGGAUGGCAUCUACUGGGAGCUGCCUGGUGAGGAGGGCUCACAUGAGGAGUUGACCACUGUCAGGACACCGGACGAGGCAGAAAAGCUCAACGCAUAAACACACACACACACACACACACACACACACACACACACUUGAGAUCCACACAUAGUAGAUUGUACAACCAGGAUGUGGCAGCACAUGGUGCUUGUGUAUGUCUGCCAUUUUUCAAUGUGCCAAUGACCAUAUCUGAUUCACUAAUAUGGUGGUAGUGUGUGUUCAAAUACUCCAGACCAUCAGCAGAAGUGCCUUUUACUCUCAGAAGAAAACAAUCUCAAGGUAACCCAUAAUGUGUUUACACCAGACAGAAGCAUGCUAUCCUCCAAGCAGCAUGGGCCAUGGAUAUACCUCCUACCAGCUGCCUUAUGUUAUGUUCCUAGAUGAUCCAAUGAAGCUACAGUAUAUGACAGAGCUGUAGACUUGAAUCAUGGUCUGAGAAUUUGGAUAGGACUAGUGAAACCUGUUUGAUGAUGCAAAAACAAUGGAUUAAGCUAAUUUUAAUUGAGUGUUUUUAGGAUUUUGGGGGGCUUCUCCGCUCUUCUAAGAGAUGUUACAUGCACCAAUGUUCAGGGAAUUACACGUUGAACCAUUUUUAAACAUCCGAUUGACUAAGGGAAAGGCUAAUUCACAGUAGGCCUCUGUGUUGUAAAUUCUAUAUUAAAACCAAAGAAAAUUGUACCUGUUAUUAAUGUAGAUCGCUGAUGUUUUCAUGAAUAGACAAUCACUUUUAUAGAAGCAAGUCCAUCAUUAAAAAUGUUAAGUAUUCCAGACUAACACUAUGCGUAGAUAGUAGAGUUUUGACGAUUGAAUAUUCAUUCUGGGUCAGGAUUCUCCUUUUCUUCUAUUUCUAUACUAUGCAAUGUAUUGGGUAGAUAGUAGAGUUUUGACGAUUGAAUAUUCAUUCUGGGUCAGGAUUCUCCUUUUCUUCUAUUUCUAUACUAUGCAAUGUAUUGGGUAGAUAGUAGAGUUUUGACGAUUGAAUAUUCAUUCUGGGUCAGGAUUCUCCUUUUCUUCUAUUUCUAUACUAUGCAAUGUAUUGGGUGGAUAGUAGAGUUUUGACGAUUGAAUAUUCAUUCUGGGUCAGGAUUCUCCUUUUCUUCUAUUUCUAUACUAUGCAAUGUAUUGGGUAGAUUAGAGUUGUUAAUGUACAAUUAUGUACAGUUGUGUAUUGUACAUAAAUGUUUAGACAACAUAAAAUGUGAUAUAAUUUAAACGACUAGCUUCACCACUACAGACAAACCACUGAAUCAAACGGAUUAUUUGCUACAGGGGACGAAAUGGUGCCGACUUUGUUACACUGGAGAAAAUGUCAUUGCUGUGAAUUUAAAUGAUAAUUGAAUAAUACUUGUAACGCAUUUUGGGAGAAAUAAAUCUUUCAAAUGUGA